UUUCUAUCUACUGAAAGCCUAUUUUGGACGGUUUGGACUAUAAAGCGUUCCGUUCAAUUUUUAUGUGGACAAUUAACUGCUCUGAAAAUGUAUUAAUAUUAAGACUGGUAUGAAAGACUGUAUCCUACAAAAACGUACUGUUUUAGCAGUUUUACUCACGUGUCUGCAAGUAGAGAUCUCAUGUGGGUAUUUGCUGAGCAACAAUGAUGAAUACCAAGUUUGGUUGACGACUGGGGACCAGACAAGGAAGCUUUCCAGAGAAGCACCUUGUCCAGUGACGUCACAACACCAUGGCUACAGCGUCUGGGUUGAUAGAAAUAAACGCAGACAGACUAUUGAUGGGUUUGGUGCAGCCCUUACUAAUUCAGCAGCAUAUGUAAUCUUCCACAGCCCAGUUAGGAACCAAAUACUGACUGAAUUAUUUGGAAGCGGAGUGAACGACCUAGGUGUUAAUUACAUUCGCCUGCCAAUGGGAAGUUCAGAUUUGAAUGCUGUCGACCCAUAUACGUACGAUGAUAUGCCAAGCGGACAAACGGAUUUCGAAUUAAAUCAUUUCAGCAUUGAAAAAGACAAAGCGUUUAUUAUUCCUAUUCUAAAGGAAGCGUUAUCAAUCAACCCUCAUCUAAAACUCAUGGCAACGCCAUGGACAGCACCAGCCUGGAUGAAAACAACUAAAAACGUCUUUGGAGGAGAGUUUAUCAACGACAGCAGAUACAUGCAAACAUAUGCUCAGUACUUUGUAAAAUUCUUCGAAGCUUAUAAAGCGGAGGGUAUCACUUUUGACUCAUUUAGUGUUCAAAACGAACCAGUGUUGUCGAAAAAUGACUAUCCUACCAUGAUCCUGAACAUAGAUCCAAUGAAAGUUUUCAUCAGGGAUCAUCUGGGGCCAUUACUGAGGCAGAGAAAUAUCAAAACAAAACUGCUAAUUUGGGAUCAUAACUGGUCCGGCUCAUGGUACCCAGAAGCCGUUCUUAGUGACAGAAAUGUUGCUCAGUAUGUUUCGGGUGUCGCAUGGCACGGAUAUGAUGGGAGACAUAAUGCCCCAGAAGCCUUCCAUCACAAGCAUCCUAAUGUCGAUAUGUAUUUCACUGAGUAUUCUGGUGGAGGCUGGAAUCAAAAUUACGCAGACGUCCUUACAACAGAAACAAGACUCAUUUUCAUCGGGCAAACAAAAUCCUGGGCUAAAAACGUGCUAUUGUGGAAUCUGGCUUUAGACGAACAUCAUGGACCAACGAAACACGUGGGAGGUUGUCGUGACUGCCGUGGUGUAAUAACCGUCCGUACAGGCAGCAGCUCGUACACAAAAAAUGUCGAGUACUACGCCAUGGGACAUAUGAGCAAGUUCGUGAAACCUGGUGCCGUCAGAUUAGAAGCCAAUUAUUUUAAAUGGGAUGAUCUCCAGUGUGUUGCAUUCCAAAAUACGGAUGGCAGUACAGUUAUUGUCGUUCAAAAUCCAAACACAAGAAAUUCUGCCAAUUUCUCAUUGGAUAUUGAUGCCAAACAUUACCAGUACAAUAACCUUCCGCCUAGGUCGGUUGUAACAUUUGUUAAGUAAAUAUUGUGUUUGAAACACAUAUACUGGCCGCUAACUUAACAAACGAAUGUGUUUUUCACACAUUUAGAAAAAAAUGUUGCAAUUAGAAUUCAAACAAAU